UACUAAUGAAUGGGAACGAUCAAUUAGAACCUACACACUUAUGAAUCGAAACAUCCUGUGCGAGUCCAGAUGCUUCCCGUUUUCCUUAGCGGCUUACAUUCGAAAGUUAAAAGGCGAUGUUUUUGUGUACGUUCAUAUUACAUUAAACUUUGUUUUUGGCGAUUUCAAGCAGGAUGUCAACUUCACCUUUGCUUCUUGCAGCGACGACAGCUCUUUUCUUCUUCGGCACUUUUCACGUAAAAGAAAAAGAUAAAGAGGGAGAAAAAUUAAAGCCAGUUGAACCUGCCGUUUGUACAAAAGAAUCUUGUCUGAAAUCAGCCGGAGCUAUUUUGGAUAAAUUGGAUCAGACAGUGCAUCCUUGUAAAGAUUUCUAUCAGUUUGCUUGCGGUAAUUAUUUAAAGACAGUUUUGCCAGAAAACGUAAAUGUGUUGUCAGUCACCCAAAACAUGGAGGAUGAAGUACUUAUGCUUAUAUUUAAAGUAUUAGAGUCUCCCACAUUGUAUCGCAGAGGAGGAUCACUCAUUAAAGCCAAAAUGCUAUAUGAAACUUGCAUGAACAGCGAUACUUUGGAAGACGAUUCAGUCCAGGUUCUUAGGUUUUUCUUGUCCGAAAGAGGUGUUGGUCAUUGGCCAGUGCUGGAUGCGGACUGGAUAUCAAGUGACAUGAAUUUGGAAUGGAGACUAGCUAUGCUAUUUGUCCAUCAUUCUCCUGUCUUCUUCCAUAUGUAUGCAGACGCUCCCCUCUUUUCUCCAGAGUACAUUUUGAAUGUCUACCCAGCUUCUUCUCCUCUGGGUGCAAAAGAAGUUGCUGGUGCCGAUAGAGAGAGGAUAUUUGAAGCGUAUCACAAAUUACUCAUCGAGACUUUGAGACUUCUAGGUGUGGCAGAAGUACGCGUGCAAGCUGAUUCUUUCGACAUCAUCGGGUUUGAGCUUCAGUUCUCCAUGAUCACAAAUAUUUCCCAACAAUGUCUUGCUCAAAGCUCAAAAGAGUUAAACGGAUCUAUCGAUGAUUCUAAACUUUACAAUAUUACAGUUGAUGACUUAGAAUACUACAUUCCACAGAUUAAAUGGAGCCGAUUGAUGACGUACGUGUUUAGAAAUUUGGGACUUCCAAUCGACACUUCCAAUCUCUUUGUGAUGGUUCAUUGCAAGGAAUAUUUCAGACAUCUUGGAACUUUGCUAUCGAAUACUCCUCCAAGGUCCUUAUACAAAGUACAUUCUUCUUUCAUUGCAAUUCCAAAAACUAUAGUAGUAAAGUAUGAAUUUAAAUUAUUGUGA